AUGGCCGAAAAUUCCAAAUAUCACUCUGCCCUAGCUGUCACCAACGUGAAGAAUCUUAUUCCAAUCACCUUGGACAUGGAAACCGCCAUAACAGCAUAUCAAACCACCAAGGCCGCUGAUCUCCCACUAUGGAACCGUCUUGAUGAUGUUGUACUUCAAUGGAUUUAUGCGACUAUAUCUCCUGAUAUUCUCACAUCGAUCCUCGUGGCUGAUGAUUCGGCUGAAAGAGCCUGGCAGCAUGUAGCUGAUUUAUUCCAAGAUAACAAAAACUCUAGGGCGCUGUAUCUUGAAACUCAGUUCACAAACACGUACUUGACUGAUUUCUCCUCCACCUCCGCCUAUUGCAACCACCUCAAAUCUCUUGCUGACCAAUUGUCUAAUGUCGGGGCUCCUAUUUCAGAUCAACGCCUUGUGCUCCGCUUGCUCGCUGGCUUAACCGAAGCCUAUGCUGGUUUUGUCACGGUUAUGCAACAGAAGGAUGAAUUGCCCAGUUUUGUUAUCAAUUGCCUUUAUUACAAUUGA